GUCACUCGCGGAAUCUAUACGGAUUGUCUCCUUAACUAUGAGACUGUCAGGUAUUUCGAGGGGAGAUGUAUGAGGCACAGAGGUAUAUGGAGGCUAUUGGGGAGUAUCAGAGUUUGGAGGAGAGGAUCGUUCGUGAGUGUUUCCGUCUCAUCUCAUUUCAAAAAUUAUGUCUUUAUCUCUCAACCUCCUGAACCUCGUACAAACGCUCGUCAUCACAUCCGGUCUUCCGGUCGAUUCUUUGAUCGUCGCAUCGCGCAUCACGAGGAGAUAGUAAUAUAUAGUGAUAUCGUGAUGUUCAUCACCUAUUAUGAGUAGCUCUUUCGAAGCUCAGCGGCAAAUACCGUACAAUCAACCAAAGCCUCGUUGAUACUGAGAAAUUGCUUCACCUUCUCAAUGAUCCCACUGAAGUUGUCGAUGAACUCGAUGCCAAGGAAUCAGUAGUGUCAAACGGCGAAGUUGAGUUUGGUUUUCCUCAUCAUUCAUAUGCAUUUUCCAAUCACAUGCAACUUGCGACUUUGAUUUUUGAUCUAUUCGAUAUAUACACGUGUUGUGGGGCUAUAUUGAUAUCACUCGGUCG